AUGCUUCCCGCCCUGGACACUAUAUGGCAUUCACCCACACUCUUUACUUCCAUUAAGUCUUCUGCUCCUUUCAACGGCAAGGUCCUUGCCCAGUGCCCAAAGUCUUUCACGAUCGCGGCAAACCCCACAACUCCACGCGAAUCUCCUCAUGGUUCUAAUGGCUUUGCUCUGGUCUCUCCAGCUUGCAUAGAUCCUCUCUACAGCAAGCCGGUGAUUGACAGCGAGGCCGACGAGAUCUCCCCAGGUCCCCAUCACCACGUUGCGGGGCACUUUUCUAACACGUCCACUCGCUUCAACUUCUACUUUCCGCCAAAAGAUGCCUGGGGCGGUCGUUUCUUCCAACUCGCCUACCCUACGCAGCCCGCGAAUGCCACUGAGGAAACCAUUGGGUUCGGGCUAGACAGCAAGGCCUAUACGGUCCAAGUCACGGGGUCAAACGGGUUCCGUGCCGAAGCAGCAGCAGCAAGGUAUUCCCGGAUUGUUGCGGCGCGAUAUUAUCGUCUCACAAGCACUCAGCAUAUCUAUGGCUACGUUUACGGCGGCAGCGGUGGCUCUAAUCAAGUUAUUGGGGGUAUUGAGAAUACAGUCGGCGUCUGGGACGGCGCUGUGGCGAUGGUCCAAGCCGUGCCGAUUUCCGCCCCCAACAGCCCAUCGAUCAGGGCAAUGGCGGGUUUAGUUCUACGGAACAGGAAGACCGAGAUUCAGGAUUCCAUUAAGCCCGGGGGUAGUGGAAAUCCUCUCUCAAUACCAUCAAUGACGGAGCUCGAGCGAAGCAUGCUGAUUGAAGCCACAAAGCUUGGUGUCCCCAUCCGUGCCUGGGAACAGUAUGAUGAGGUCGCUGACAGUUCACAUCUGAACAUCCUGCGGAAUACCAUUAUCCAGCCUUCGGACCCUACAUACGUCGAAGAUUUCUGGUCCAAGCCGGGCUACCUCGGAACGGUGGAUAGUGCGCUCGGAAUCGCCAUGAGAGAGGCCGUAGUUGACUUCAAUGCGACGGUAGAGGAUGUUCAGCUUGACAACGAUGGAAAGCUGGUCAGCAUCAGACUCGACACAGUCCCGGAAGCUGUUGCUGACGUAUACGGGUACGACCUGGUUUUGCUUGGAGCCGACGACUCCAAAUUAAGAACCAUCAGCGGCACGUUGUCUACGGCCAACUACACCAUGUUGUUCACCGACUACACUGCCGACGCCAACGAUGCCACUCUUACAAAGUUUAUUGCAAAGGGAGUCAAAGUCCACAUCGACAACAAGUCCUCUGUUGCAAUGCACUCCUAUUACAGACACCAAAUCCCGGAACGAGUAGGAUUCUACGGAUUCGACCAGUUCCGGACCGUCAAUGGCACGAACUACCCCCAACGGACCCCUGACACGUCCAAGUCCCUCGCCAGAUCCGUCUCUGGCGGUAAUCACACUGGCACCAUCGGAUGCAAACUCAUCGUCGUUCAGAACCUGCUGGACAGCGACGCGUUUCCGUGGCAUGCCGACUGGUAUCGUUCGCAAGUUAAGCAGCAACUGGAAGAUCGCUUCGAGGAUAAUUAUCGCCUUUGGUACAACGACAAUGCGGAGCACUUUUACGAGAAAAGGCCUCCACACCGUCUUGCACUCAUUGUGCCGUACAACGGCAUCUACCAACAAGCUCUCCGAGACGUGGCAGCUUGGGUCGAGGAUAGAGUGCCUGCGCCAGAUACCACGUCGUAUACUGUUUCGGCCGACGACAACUCGGUCCAGGUGCCACCUAAAGCGACCGAACGGCGAGGUAUCCAACCGGUUGUUGAGCUUCUUGCGAAUGGAAGAUGCAGCUGUACGGUGAAAGCCGGCCAGUCGGUGACGUUACGAGCAACUGUCGAAACACCUUCCGGGACUGGCAAGGUUGUCAAUGUCGAGUGGGAUCUGACUUCGGAGGGCACCUUUACUGACGUAGGGCCCGCAUUUACGCCGAACCAGACGGUGACGAUUGAGCACACGAUUGUCUACAACACGACGGGGAACUUUAUCGCUAUUGCGAGGGCGACGUCUCAUCGUCAGGGAGACCAGGGUGCCGUUUAUGCGAGGGUGAUGAAUUUGGCUCGUGUGAAUGUUAUUGUACACACGCGCACACGCGCACACGCGCACACGCAUACCCACAUCCUCUCAGAAGAAGUCAUGGACUCCCAAGGCAGCCAAGCGACGAAGAAGCGGAGACUGGAUGAUGGAAACGAAGAUAGUCAAGCCAGUGAGGACGACGGCAGUUCACUCGGCGUGUCUUGGCGUGGUUUCCGUCCUCGGACCAUCGAGUUCGACCAUCAAGCCUCCUGCAGUGAGUUUGAAUCUCGCUUCGAACUCGAGAUCUGGGCGACGGAUGCACAGGGUGUUGAGCGUCAAAUUGGAUAUAUCUGGGAUAAAAUCCAUUACGCUGGAGCCGAGAAAGUCAAGAUCAUCGCAGAGAGCGCAACGAGCCCAACGAGCAUCGACACCCCGCGGUUGGCCUCCGACCGUUACAUAGAGGCAUUCGAAAGCAAUAUGAGAUCAGAGCAGACUAUUCAAGAGAAAGCUCGUCAGGAGGAGAAGGCUCGUCAGGAGGAGAAGGCUCGCAAGGAGGAGAAGGAGGCUCGCAAGCAGAAGAAGGAGGCUCGCAAGCAGAAGAAGAAGGCUCGCAAGCAGAAGAAGGAGGCUCUCCGAGAGAGAACACUUGCCCUUGAGGCUCUUCAAGGGAGAAGGAGAGCCCUCCAAGAGAGUGAGAGAACCCUCCAGUAUGAGGAAGAGGCUCUCCAAGAGAAGAUUCAGUCUCUCCAAGAGAAGUAG